UUCCGGUCCCACACGUCAGUUUCCGGUCGCCCGAUUCCGUCCGCGUCUUAUCCCCGGUGGAGUCCUGUUCCGCCGCGUGCCUUCGCCGCCCCACACCGCCACCUUCUUCCUCCGAUUCGAUCUCCCCUCGUGCCUGAAGGGAAUCGCAGAUAAACUGCCGCUUUGGAGUCCGCGAAACGCAAGGGCAAAGGCCGUUCGGUUCAGCAUGGAGUCUGCCUAGUGGGAGCGUGGUACCCGGCGAGAUGAAGCACCUGACCGGUGGCAAGAGCGGUGCGGCGGGCCAAUCUGUGCCGCGGUUCAGGUGCCAGGAGUGCCACGGCGCGCUUGCCGUCAUCGGGGUCGCCGACAGGCUCCCGGCCUCCGGUCCUCAUGCAUCGGCUGUUCAGGGUUGUAAUAUGGGUGCAAGCGGGAUGAACAAUUCUUAUGUAGUAUUAUCGAAGAAGAACAGAUCUAAAGAUCUUGGAAUUCCUCCACGCCCACGAAGUGCUGCAUCCCCACAUAUUGAACCUAACCAACUAACAAGGCCAAUAGAGGACUCAUAUAUUAUGCUUCCACCUCCUACUGCUUCCAUAUACGAUACAUCUUCCUCUGAAGGAGAUAGCGCACAGCUGCUGCUACCAAGUUGCUCCUCGCUAGGAAAUAAUUCUGGAUUUUUCUCUAGUGUCACUGUAUUAAAAAGAGCAUUCGAGAUUGCGACCUCACAAACUCAGGUUGAGCAGCCACUUUGUGUGGAAUGUAUGAGGGUUCUUUCUGAUAAGAUGGAUUUUGAGAUUGAAGAUAUUAAUUCUGAUAUCAAAGCUUAUGAGGCUUAUCUUCAACAACUGGAGCAAGAAUCCUACAGCAUCCUCAGUGAAACCGAUUUUCAGGAGGAGAACCAAAAGAUUGAGGAAGAAGAAAGGAAACUUAAAGCUGAUAUUGAAGAAGCUGAAAAGCAAUAUUCAGAAGUUAGUUCUGAGAUGAAAGAUCUUGAAACAAAAUAUAAACAAUUUGAGGAAUCGGAAGAGCAGUAUUGGCAAGAAUUCAACAGCUUUCAGCUUCAGCUGACAUCUAAUCAGGAAGAAAGAGAUGCCAUUUCAGCAAAAAUAGAAGAUUCUCAAGCCCAUCUGGAAACAUUAAACCGUACAAAUAUUCUGAAUGAUGUAUUCUAUAUUUCACAACAUGGAGUAUUCGGAACAAUAAAUAACCUCCGACUUGGACACACUCAUGUGGUUGAGUGGGAUGAGAUAAAUGCUGCUUGGGGUCAGGCUGCACUUUUGUUGCAUACCAUGGCUCAGUAUUACACCCCGAAAUUUCAAUACAGGAUCAAGAUUCAUGCUGUGGGAAGCUAUCCAAGAAUCACGGACAUCAAUAACAAAACACAUAAACUGUUUGGUCCGGCAAAUGUGUUGUUCAGUACCCAAUAUGAUGAAGCCAUGACAUGGUUCUUGACGUGCCUGCAAGAGUUUGUUGAGUUUGCUGUAAGUUUGGAUAAGGAGAAGAAUGUUCCACCUGACAAGUCAUUCAAGCUCCCCUAUGAGAUUGAUGGUGACAAAGUAGGGGGCUACAGGGUCGUCCUAGGCGAUUUCAAUACGAGGGAGAACUCGACGAAGGCGCUGAAGAACAUGCUGUGCAAUUUGAAAUGGGUUCUCUACUGGUUUAUCGGCACUACGAGUUUUGCAACGCCCUCCUGAUCAUUGCACACGCAGAGCUGCAGUUUUGUUUAGCUUGAACAGUUAGAUUAGAUGGUUUCAGUACAGGCUGAAUUACUGAGCCCUAGGAGCUGAUUCUUGCCCCACAUAGCGACUACACGACGCAGUUGAUGUACAUAACUAUAGCAUAUUUUUUUAAAAAAAAUCUGUCACUUGUUGCUUGCAAA